AAAAGAAUAUAUGUUUUUUCAGGUAUGUACGAAACGGCCACCAGUCAUGAGAUUUUUCAUCUCGACACAUUGAUGUCCCUUGGACCACUUGGAAAUAGUCUGCUCUUCGUGGGAUCCUCAGUGAAAGUUUGCGACUUCUUGUCUAACACUAAGGGUUUCAGAAAACUUCUGAACUACCCGAAUGACUUCAAAGUUGACCUGAUCAUCAUCAACUUGACUCUAGAAACGUGUCUGCUUCCUCUGAUCCAGAAAUUCAACUACCCUCCCACAAUAGCAAGUACUUCGUAUGGACUACCUUCUUUUCUGUCUGAAAAAUUUGGAAGUGGGCCAUAUCCGUCGUUUGUUCCGUUUCAUGCCUUGAGACUAUCGGAUGAUAUGGCAUUUCUGGAACGGUUGCAAAAUUAUUUCUGGACAAGGUUCGAAACAUUAAUGAGGACUUAUCUGUCCACUCCUAGUGUUGAGCAAAUUGCCAGGAAUUUGUAUGGAGCAGGGAUGGACUCCUACGACAAUCUACUGAGACAUAUUUCGCUUGUUUUGUGUAACUUGAUACCAGGGUUCCACUACUCAAGACCAAUCUCUCCCAAUAUAAUAACAGCUGGAGGUCUUCACGUUCAAUUGAAUGCCACACUUCCAAAAGAUCUCCAAGAAAUCAUGGAUACUGCAGAACAUGGUGUCAUCCUCGUGAGUUUUGGAUCGAAUGUAAGAUCUGCUUCGAUGGGGUCGGAAAAAAUAAAAGCCAUAUCGAAUGCUUUAAGUCAGCUGAAGGAGACAGUGAUAUGGAAAUUUGAAAGUGAGCUUGACAAUCUACCCAAAAACAUCUUCAUUCGGAAAUGGUUACCACAAAUGGCAAUUUUAGCUCAUCCGAACUUGAAACUUUUUGUCGGACAUGGCGGUGGAAUGAGCACUACAGAAACGGUAUUCUUUGGUGUACCACUUUUGGGGAUGCCUUUCAUGAUGGAUCAACUGUCUAACAUGGACUUGGUGGAAGAUCGAGGGAUUGGACGUAAAAUUGACUUCCGUUUAUUGACAACCAACUACUUAUUGGAGAACAUCAGAGAAAUGUUGGAUGAUCCAAAAUAUUUCCAUACAGCGAAGAAAUACUCCAGAAUAGCAAGAGAUCAGCCUCAGAAGCCUCUUGACUUGGCAACAUUUUGGGCCGAGUUUGCCAUGAGACAUAACGGAACACAUUUUUUGAAUCCCCAAUCAAGAUAUCAAUCGCUGUUUGUGUCUUCCUCCACAGAUGUUUAUUUGUUUUUGCUGUUUGUCAUUUCAGUCAUUUUGUUUGUCUCA